CGUACUUCCUGCGCCUGCUAGUGCUGAGCUCAUCUCUGUUGAAAGAUGGUUUUGCUGGAGAGUGAGCAGUUUCUGAGUGAGCUGACACGGUUAUUUCAGAAAUGCCGGACAUCAGGAAGUGUUUAUAUAACAUUAAAGAAAUAUGAUGGUCGAACAAAGCCAAUUCCACGCAAGGGCCACCCAGAUAACUUUGAACCAGCUGACAAUAAGUGUCUUUUGAGAGCUACAGAUGGAAAGAGAAAAAUAAGUACAGUGGUCAGCUCAAAAGAUGUGAACAAAUUCCAAAUGGCUUAUUCCAACCUUCUCAGAGCAAACAUGGACGGACUGAAAAAGAAAGACAAGAAAAGCAAAAACAAGAAGAGUAGUGCAGCACAAUGAUUCAUUCGGACUUGUGUACAAACCUUAACGCUUGCUGUUUGCCUCAUGGGCUUCAGUCACGGCUAUUGUUUCACUUGAAUCCAUACUUGCUGCCUGUAUAAUGUGUUCAUUUUAUAAGAUGGCUUCUCCAUACGCCUGACAUUUUGUUUCUACAUCUGGUCAGGAUGCUAAAUUGGGUAUUUAAACGUUCACUCGGUUCCACGCAGAUUUUAUUCACUAGGUGCUAAUUCUCAUUGGCUAUAAGCCCUUUAGACUGAACUUGCUACAGAUUUAUUGUAGUGCUUGUCUAUACUGUACACCUAUUCUUGGGCAUAGUUAUUUCAGACCCCUAGAAAGGCCUUCCUUAAUCCUUAAUAUUUAUAUUAUUUUGUUUUUGAGAACCAAGAAACACUGCUUACACUUUCCAAUAAUAGAAUAUGUUUUAUUGACGUCAUGAUACAGAUUAUAAGGAAUAAUUUAUUUCAACAUGAAAAUGAAUUUGUCGUUAUUGUUUUAAAAGAAUCCUUUAAAAUGCUGCAAAACUCCAGUUCUUUUGAUUGCUGAUGGGUAAGCAUACAUUGUGUUGUAGAUUUUUGUCAUUCAUUUUCUCUUCUGCCAACAGGUUAUAUGGACCUUUUUGAAAAACUUUUCUUUAUAUUAAUUUUUCAUUGGGAAAUCUAAAACCUGUUAUUUGAAAUUAACAUUUUCCUGGGAACAAUAUUUGUAUUAAAAAAUUUAUUUCAGGCAAUUUUGUUUUGUCCUGAAAGUAAAGAAUGAUCUGAUCUUCAGGGUGUCAAAUAGAUAUAAAGAUAGAUACUAGUGUCUGGCCACCAA